AUGGAAACAAAUUUAAAUGAAAAUAUUAAUCUUUCAAAAUGGACAGAACAAUUAAAUACGCUUCGAAAAGAUUUAUCGAAUCUGUCAACAUAUAUUCAUUUAGAAAAUGACAAAAAUCAAUCACCUAUACAUUUAAUUAAACUGUCUCAUAAAAAUAAUAAUCAAACAGAACAAAUCAAUGAUAAAACAGAUAGCGAACUGAUAAUAAAUGUACCUGGUACUGAACCAUUAACAUUAGAUAUGUUACGUAAUGCAACAUUGACUGAACAAAAACAAUUUUUAGGCGAACGACUUUUUGUACUUGUUCAACAGAUUGAACCAACUUUAGCUGCAAAAAUUACGGGAAUGUUUAUUGAAUUAGACACAAAAUAUAUUUUAACAUUGAUUAAAUCACAGAAAGUUCCAACAUUAAAUCUUUUACAAUCAGAUAAAUCAUUAUUAACUACUAAUCAAUGGACACUGCUGACGAAUUUAUUUUAUUGUUAUGAUGAAUCUCAACUUUUCCAAUGCAGUCAACGUUUUACAGAUGCACACAAUGAUUUACAAUCAAAUUAUGUGAUUUCUCCAGCACUUGUAGAUGACUUAGUAGUAGCUAUUUACAACACAGUGAAAUCAUAUCUUUGUUCCAAUGAUGAUAUUCGUAAAUUAUCAUUUAAUGAUCGUUCGAUGAUACUAUGUAGUGCUAGUAACAAUAUGUCCUGCAUAAGUGGUGGAUUUAUUCUCUCCUAUUGUUACUUAUAUGGUCUCGAUGCUUUCUUAAAUGCUGUAAAUAAGAAGUUUGGCAAAUCUUUAAUAAAUAUUCCAUCUUCGACAAGAAAAUACGUUGAUCCAGAUAUUGUAGUGGCUACAUUAUCAAUAUCAUUAUUCGCUUUAUCUGAAAAUACUUGUUAUUAUUAUUCAAAUAUCUCAAAAGAUUUAACAAAUCCUCUUAAUAUUUUAGAAAUUCAAAAUAAAUAUGCAGAAGUAAGAUGGAAAUAUCUUCUAUACAAAUAUGGUCAUUAUGAGGCUGUAAAAUGA